AUUUAAUACUGUCUGUGUGGCCCUGCCUAAAAACAUACUUGGAUAUGGGACAGGAGAAAAGGAUGCUGAUUGGCAAGUCAACUAUGACUGAGAUGUUGCCAUGGAGACAGCAACAGGGAACAAUAGGCUCCCCAAAGCUCCAAGAACCAUUCAUGCUUUACAAAUUACAAAAACUGUUUUGGCAGCUGUUCAUGUUUCCCUCUGGGAUUUGAGAAGCUUGACAUUUACUACCUACUGUGCCAUAACAGUGGCAGGUAAGAACUAUUUAUUUCUUGGACUUAUAAUGGAGAUGGCAAUCCAUUCAUAUUCAAGACGAGUGUUCAACAGAAUGUUCUGUGACUUCUUACACUUACACAGGUCCCAUUAUCACCAUGGUAGGUCCAAGCGUCUAUUGAUCUCUCGUCUGUUUCAGCCUAUGAAUCUCCGCGAAAACAGAGUGAUUGGGGGUUGCCGGUCCAAUGAGCUUAGCUGCAAGAGCCAGAGACUGAUGCUUCAGGCAGGCCUCAUUCAACCAGCUAAUACAGGGUGCUUUCACUAUCUAUCGUUUACAGUCCGAGCCAUGGAGAAACUUGUCCGUGUGAUUGAUGAGGAAAUGCAAUCCAUUGGGGGCCAGAAGGUGAAUAUGCCCAGCCUCACAUCAGCGAGUCUGUGGAAGACCAGUGAACGUUGGGACCUCCUGGGGAAGGAACUCUUCAGACUGAAGGACAGGCAUAACAUGGAAUACUGUUUAAGUCCAACACAUGAGGAAGCGGUGACAGAGCUUAUUGCCAUGCAGGGUAAUCUCUCAUAUAAACAGCUACCAUUGAUGCUGUACCAAGUGACGAGGAAAUUCCGAGAUGAGCCAAAGCCACGUUUUGGUUUGCUCCGUGGACGAGAGUUCUACAUGAAGGACAUGUACACGUUCGAUGUCUCAGAGAAAGCUGCUAUGGAGACCUAUAACCUUGUUUCUGAUGCUUAUAGUCACAUCUUUGAACGGUUGGGAUUGCAGUUUGUAAAGGUGCAGGCAGACACAGGCAGUAUUGGCGGUAAAAUGUCUCAUGAGUUUCAGCUGCCAGCAGAAAUUGGGGAGGAUCGCCUUUUAAUGUGUUCUGACUGCCACUUUGCAGCCAAUGUCGAAGCAAUAAUGGAUGCUGGAACAAACUGUCCACAGUGUCAUGGAAAGUUGAGAGAAAGUAAAGGCAUUGAGGUGGGUCAUACCUUUUACCUUGGGACCAAGUAUUCAUAUAUUUUAGGUGCCUCAUAUUCCAACGCUGAGAACAAGCCCAUUGCAACUGAGAUGGGCUGCUUUGGCCUUGGGGUCACACGAAUACUAGCUGCAUCCAUAGAGGUUUUGUCGACUGAAGAUGACAUUCGCUGGCCAAGUCUCCUGGCCCCUUACCAGGUUUGCAUCAUUUCACCUAAGAAAGGCAGUAAGGAGGAACUGAUCACGGAUCUUUCGGAGACACUGUAUGAUACUUUAAUAGAUGCUGUCCCACAGCUUCGCGGAGAGGUGCUGUUGGAUGACCGCAGUCAUCUGACUAUAGGCAAGAGAUUGAAAGAUGCCAGCCGUCUGGGUUACCCAUACGUUGUCAUUGCAGGGAAGAGGGUUUUGGAAAAUCCACCUCUUUUUGAAGUCAGCUGCCAAAAUAAUGGAAAGACAGUCUUUCUCACGCAAGAAGGUGUCUUGGAUUUUCUGAGAAAUGUGAAGACUGCUUAGCCAUUAUUUAGGAUCACCUAUGUCGGUGAAAGUGCCUUAAAGUGGCUUGUUAGACCUUUGAAGCCAGGGUCUUUUGGAAGUAUACAGAAAAAAAAAUCAUGUGUACAAUGGUGUAGUUACACAGUUUCCCUAUUGUGGGGGAAUUGUUAAGAUUAUCAAAGAGAAUAACAGUCGACGUGUUUUUAUUUGAUUCACCAUUCAUGAGAAAAAUGUAAUCAAUGUUUUGUCUUGGAGAAUACAGUGUAGCAAUUGAAAUUGAAGCUCCAGGAUUGCAGACAAUGGGAUCAGUAACAGACCAAAGCUAUUCAUCUGUCAACACAAUAAAAACUACAAACUAUACCGAGAAUAUCUCUGACUGUACACACGCAUGUUGGUAAUUUGGAAAAAAAACUUGUAUGAGAAGUAUCGUGUGUUGAACAUGCAGGUUCGUUGAAUUGUUUUUGAUGUGUUGUUGGAAUGAUCACACUUCCACAAUCACGGCUUGAUUCUAAGCGUAUUGUUCUUGUUCUGGUGGCCGACUAUUUAUUUCACACCGAUAUUAAUAUGUUAAUUAAUUUCCACUGUGUCCUAUGGAGUAGGAGAGCUACACAGAUAAUGUAAUGUCUGAAUUCAGAGAAUGUCAUCUCUGAGUAAUGAUUUUUAAAGAAAGUUGUUUUGCCUA